AUCGAACUCUUCACUUAUUUAGACAGUUAAUUUUGGACUUAAUUUUGCAGGUGGCAGAGUCUGCUUUGAGUGCCUGUAUACAAGACCCAAUAUUUCAUCGGGUUAGGGAUGUAGCUCCAAACAAGUUAUUGCUCUCAAUUUGGAAUUAUGUGCUGUCAAGGACCAAAAAAGGAAAGAAAUUAUGAGUAAUAAUCAAGUUUUAGCAAAUAAAACUUUCACAACUUAUCUUAGCCACAGGGCUGAGAAGCCAGUCUCCCAUGCCUACAUCACAGCGCAGCGCCGUCUCGCAACUUCUCUCGGUUUUAGUUUUCACAGUGCCUAAGACUUGUACAACAUGGCUCAAUUGAAUGUGCCAGUGCUACAGUUCAAGAAUUCUUCUGUCUUCGGAAUCCAUCCAACGACACAGUUUAUUUGCUUCCAGACACAAAGUAGAAGUAAAUCCUCACGGUUAACUAAGAAGCCAUUAGUGGUUGAAGCUAGAGCAAAUGCUAGAACAGAAAGUCCAAAACUUCGGAACAGAAGGAUUCAGAAAAAGUUCAAUGGAACUGCUAGAAAUCCAAGGCUUUCAGUAUUUUGCUCAGAUAAGCAAUUGCAUGCAAUGCUUGUAGAUGACAAGAAUAAGAAGUGUUUGUUCUAUGCAAGUACACUGCAGAAAUCGAUUCGAAAUCCCCCAUGCAGCACUUCUGAAGCUGCUAAACGUGUUGGGGAGGCACUUGUCAAAGCCUGUACAGACCUCAACAUAAAUGAAAUAUCGUCCUAUGAUCGCAAUGGACUUUACCGUGGACAAAGGUUGGAAGCCUUUGAGAUUGCCAUUUCCAGUUAUGGAUUCUUGCCGGGAUAGGUCUGCCUCUGAAAGCUUGAGCUCUUGUCAAAUUUACAAUCCACUGGAGUCAAUGCUUUUCUAUGUAGACAUUAUCACUUUUUCAGAGCAGUAGGUUGUAAUCUCAUCAGGUGAUUAGUCAUUACUGAAAAGUAGAAGGAACUAGAAAAUCAGCGGUCCAAUUGUUAUGGAACUUGAAGUCAUUUUCAUUUCUGAA